AUGUACUUUGGCGUACUUUCCCUGCCUACUUUAAACUCGUGUUUUAAUAAUGAUUAUCGUGUAUUUCCGUACUGUGAGACCAUAAAGCUCUAUUUGGUGUUGUCGUUUAAGUGUUUUAUUUGGUUCAAGCAGGGAGGAUCUAUAAUAUUGAAAUUAUUCCAAUACUUUCUUGUUACCUAUGAGAAGGAUACUGAUCCACAUGUCACCGUUGAUGUAUCGAAAAUCAUGUCUGGAUUCGAUCUUAUGACAAAAACCGUCUUCAAGUACACCAUCUGUGUCAAACGUGAUGUCAUAUACUUACCAGAGUAUCAUCAAUCCAACUGUUCCUCCGAGAAGCACAUUCCACCCCAUCUAUCUAUGACAGUAAUUCUCUGUAUGCCGGUCCAGCAAUUGAGAAGCCAGUCCCUCUCAUGGUAUUUCCUUACAGCUUACUGA